UGGAGCUAUGCCCGGGUCUUAGCGCCGGACCUAGCGACCUGAGAGAAAAACCUGAGGAGAGGCCGGAAGCACUCGGAAGUCAGGUGCUCUCCGGGCCUCGCGAGUGAUUGGCUUGGAAGGACGUGAAUGAUGCCGCUGUGAUUGCUGAAUCGUCUGUGCAGGAUUUGGAGUCUCUGAUAAGCUCCUGUGACCCGUGUGUCCCUUUGGAGAGAAGGAAGAGGGAGAGAUCUGCUUUCUCUGGAAUCCAGUGGUCACAUCCCCACCUGGAACCCUGAAUGCCCAUCUGAGGUGUCGUCAACAUGGAGUUCUGAAGUCCAUGUGGUUCCUCACAGUGAACCAGGUCUUAAGGAAAAUGCAGAGACGCCACAGCAGCAACACAGAAAACGUUCCACCUGAAAGAAAUCGCAGCCAAGCGCUCAGCUCCGAGGCGAGUGUGGACGAAGGCGGCGUCUUUGAGAGUCUGAAGGCAGAAGCGGCCUCCCCACCAGCACUCUUCUCAGGCUUAUCCGGCCUCCCGGCAGGCGGCCUCCCCACCACCCCGUUCCCAUCCAGCCUGGUCCUGGGGGCCGCGGCCGGCGGUGGGGACGUGUUCCUGCAGAUGCCAGCGUCCAGGGAGGAAGGCGGGGGCCGCGUCGAGGGGGGUGCCUACCACCACCAUCGCCAGCCCCACCACCACUUCCACCACGGCAGCCACCGCGGGGGCUCCCUGCUGCAGCACGUGGGCGGGGACCACCGCUCACACUCGGACGAGGCGGGUGAUGAGCAGCCUGGGACACCCGCCCCGGCCUUGUCCGAGCUGAAGGCCGUGAUCUGCUGGCUCCAGAAAGGGCUGCCCUUCAUCCUCAUCCUCCUGGCCAAAUUGUGCUUCCAGCAUAAGCUCGGCAUUGCCGUGUGCAUCGGAAUGGCCAGCACCUUCGCCUAUGCCAACUCCACGCUCCGGGAACAGGUCUCUCUAAAGGAGAAGAGGUCGGUGCUGGUCAUCUUGUGGAUCUUGGCCUUUCUAGCGGGGAACACCCUUUAUGUGCUCUACACAUUCAGUUCCCAGCAGCUGUAUAACAGCCUCAUAUUCCUGAAGCCCAACCUGGAGACGCUGGACUUUUUCGACCUGCUAUGGAUUGUGGGCAUCGCAGACUUUGUGCUCAAGUACAUCACCAUUGCUCUCAAGUGCCUCAUCGUGGCCCUGCCCAAGAUCAUCCUGGCCGUCAAGUCCAAGGGAAAGUUCUAUCUGGUCAUCGAGGAGCUGAGCCAGCUGUUCCGAUCCCUCGUUCCCAUCCAGCUGUGGUAUAAAUACAUCAUGGGUGAUGAUUCCUCCAACAGCUACUUCCUGGGAGGGGUCCUGAUCGUCCUGUACAGCCUCUGCAAGUCCUUCGACAUCUGCGGCCGUGUGGGCGGAGUCAGGAAGGCCCUGAAGCUUCUCUGCACCUCUCAGAAUUACGGAGUCCGGGCCACGGGGCAGCAGUGCACAGAAGCUGGUGACAUCUGUGCCAUCUGCCAGGCUGAGUUCCGAGAGCCUCUGGUCCUCAUGUGCCAGCACGUGUUCUGUGAGGAGUGCCUCUGCCUCUGGCUGGACCGUGAGCGCACCUGCCCGCUCUGCCGCUCGGUUGCCGUGGAUACCCUGCGCUGCUGGAAGGACGGGGCCACUUCGGCACACUUCCAGGUGUACUAGGGCUGAAGACUGUGGCCCCGGGGCUCCCAGGCACACCAGGGAGAUGACGGAGGGUCAGUGGUGUCGGGACCACCUCUAGGAGCUUCCUGGAAAACAGCCCUCAGGCUCCGACUGUCCUGCCUCCUGCCUCUCUCCAUCCAGCCCCUGUCCCCCACCCCACCCUCCCUUUCCUCUUUUGUUCUAUUCAUGGCAUGCGCACCCUUCGCCUCCACAUGGGGACGCCGUCUCACUCACACUUGGUCUCCACCAAGGUCUGUCUCCCUCCUCCCUCUGAGUCAAAGAACUGAUAAUGGACCAGGUUCUACUUGUUGGUGAUCAUAACCCGUGGUGACCUGACACCUGAUGCUGCAAACUGGAGAGAGGCCUUUCAAUGCUGCCUCCCCACCAGGGGCCCAGGUCUGCAGGUGAGAAUCACCCUGAAGUACUUUUCAAAUGCAAAUGCUGGCCCCACCUCAUACCUACAGGAACCCUCAGAGUGAGCCAGGCAGUCUGGAACUUUUGGCCCAGUCGACCUCCUGAAACACUCACGCCGCCCCAAGGUGGAGGUACUGUUGUCUCCUGUUUCACAGGUGAAGAAACUGAGCUGAGAACUCCACGUGGAAACUUUCCCAGGUCACCCGAUGAGCAGUGAUGGACCAAGCUUCCAACCCCGGCCGUCUGGCUUUGGAGCCUGCCUCUUAACCACACACUGACUUGCUGCUCAGACACAGCAGGCGUGGGGCCCCUCAGUCAUGUUUUUUUUUUUUCUCUUCAAAGCACAAGAGGUGAUUCUGACGUCAUUGGUGACUCAAGUAUGUAGUGUGUUUCAUUUGGACUGCGUUGAGGAUGCUAAUAGCGAAUGCCAGCUCCGGAAAUCUAGUCAUGAUUGGGUUCACGGAAAAGUUUGGUCCUUAAAGUUGCUGUUUAGCUGGAUUCCUGCCAGGAUGCUCGGUUGUGAUUGGGUAUCUUCCAGGUGGCGCAGUGGUAAAUAAUCCACCUGCCAAUGCAGGAGACAUGAAGAUCCCCUAGAGAAGGAGAUGGC